UUGGGGGUUGGUCCUCGGCGCUCUCCGAGCCACGAGAGAAGAAGAUAAAAUUCCUGAAGCUGCGCGCGCUAUGAUGGGUUUGGAAUUUAAUAACACCGUGAGAAACGGCGCGGGAAGCGUACUCUCUUUCAGGUCCCCUAAGGAAGAGAACACCGCAAAUAUGCCCUCAGCUAUGGCGACUAACAUCUCGUCCGCACCAUCAGCACCCCCUUCUGCUCCCCCCUCGGCUCCAGCUUCGCAUAAACAAGUAGAAGAAGACUGCGCUGAACUGUCUGCAGUUUUAUCUUGCAAAACGGCACAAGUGCAAGAAUCCAAGGUCUCUGAAACUCCCCAGCCGUAUCCAGGACAACCGCUGUAUCCUUCUCUGUGUAACCUAACACCACCUGUGGGGGCAGGGAAAAAAGUGAGCUGGGAUGGGACACUUGCUGUCUCCUCUGAGGAGGUGGAAUGCAGUAACACCCAGGGGGGUGGGGACUGCGGGCAAGGCUUGGGUACGGAUUGGUCAAAAGUUAUGGUGGUAGUAGAAGAAAAAACAGCAGAGAGAAAGGGAAGCGAUGUAACUUACAGGCGCUGGGAUGGUAGUGUCCGGCCAGCACUGUCCACCCUGAUUGCGCCUGAAGGAGUAGGUGGCGUCCGGCCAGUGCCCUCUGCUCAGGUUGCACCCGACGGAGAAAGAAAUAACGAUAGUCUCCGGUCCCACUCUCUGCCACAGUGUUCAGACCCACUGACUCGACCCACACAUCCUUUUACAAGAUUGAGUGCGCAUGCAACCAAUCAGAAGCCUCUACAACAGUCAGUGCAUGAUCAAAGAGAGAUGGGCACAGUGAGAGGGGUGCAGAGCCCACAGCUUCCAGCUAUGACUGAAAAGGAUAGUGAAAGGAGAGAGGUGAAUUCGCAUUUAGGAGUUAAGAGAGAUGCACUAACAGAUUGUGGGAAGUUUAGAUCUAGCCUGAUAGAGGGAGGAAGAGUACUAGAGAUCUUCCUGAUAAUAGGGAAUGAUAACAGAGACCCGGAAUGGGUACCUCUCAAUUCGAAAGACAUCACACACCUGAUAGAUUGUGCAGAGAAAUGGGGAUUGAAAUCAUCCCUCACUUUAAAUGCAUUAGAAGUCCUGACAGCAUCAGGCCUUCUCUUUCCUCAUGUAACAAAUCUGAUGUGCAUGGUGCUUAAGCCAGUGCAGUAUACAUUGUGGGCAUUAGAAUAGUUUCCCUUCAGGGAGAGGUGGCCAGAUUGAGGCCUGGAGAACAAGCAAUUCCAUACAGCAGGUUUGUGAGAGCAAUGCUCUCAAAGCCUGAGACAUCUGCCUUGAUAUUGAACAAAUGUUUAUCAUUCUUGAGGUACAUUCCAACAGGUACCUGAGACAAUGUUGGUAUAUAUUGGGCAUAGAUAGUGCCACUGAAGCUAUCAGCAAUCACUCUAAUCUCUAAUCUCUAAUCUCUCUGUCUAUAACUUUACUAGUAUUGUAGGAUGUGGCUUUAAUUAUUAAGUGUCGUGACAUCACAUCAGUUCUUGCAGGAUAAUUACACGGUGAUUAAAGACCUAUCACCUCUUUUGCAACAUGAUGACCUGCACCAAUACUGAAACGUG